UCCUUAUACGGACGCCCGCGGUGUUCCCAGCAUGCAGUUCGACUCCAUGGCGUACUUGUCUGCUCCCCCCACCCUUGUGACCAACUGACGACAAUUUCUCUGAUUUUUGGUGUGUGGAGACGAGCGGUGAGGCGACGUCAGCAUGGCGGAGGCCAGCGAGGAGUCUAUCGUUCUGAAGAUCAAGCAGGCGCUACUGACCAAGAACCGCUCCGGUGAGGGCUCGGAGAUGCCGGUGGAGCAGCCGGGAACGCGGGAAAUCCUGGUACAGCAUGGGAACGGUUCAGCUCAUGGUGACGCAUCCAUAUUUCAGGUGCAAACAGUGGAGGUACCUGAACCUGUACAGACAGAGACUGUCAUCGACCCAACCGACCAGUUAUACGAGACAAAGGAAGAACAAAUUCAGGAUGUCGAAAUUUCCUUGCAGCCCGAAGACAUCCCGCAAAACGAGGAGGUUGUGGUGUCCCAGGAGGAUGAAGAAGACGACUACCUGAGCGUCCCGUUACACGACGGGCGGUCGCCGCGUGCUCGGCGCCACAGCUCCAGCUCAAGUGAAGAUAGUAGUGAUAGUAGAAGUGAGUCUGAGUCUGAAUCCGCAGAAGACAUGGUGAUUGACCAACAGUCAGCACCGAGCACGUCCAAGCCUCGCAAGAGAAGCAUGAGUACUGGCACCGGGGAACGGCCGCACAGGUGCAACAGGUGUAAGGCUGCCUUCAAGACAUCUUACCACCUGAGGAGACACAUCUCUACACAUACUGGUGAAUAUGCGUACCAUUGUCUGGAAUGCAGCAAAGGUUUCCGGACCAAGUACCAUCUAGACCGUCACCAGAUAGUGCACAACAAAACCUGUGAGAAACCGUUCCAGUGUGAAGACUGUAACAAGUGUUUCAUCCAGAAGUACCACCUGAACCGGCACCUGCGCGUACACAGCGGGGACAAACCGUACCAGUGUAGCGACUGCGGGGCCUCGUUCGCUCGCUCGGACCGACUGCUGCGUCACAAGCGACAGAAGCACCCGGGGAGCGAGCUGACGCUGAGCGAGCGACCCUUCAUGAAACACAGCUCCAAGAAGUUCAAGUGUAAUUACUGCAAGUUCUCAUCUGUACACAAGAAGGAUGUGGAAAAACACCAAAAGACUCAUGAGAGAAGGAAAGGAAAGAAGGGACCCAAGUUGACAGCAGCAGUGAAAGCAUCCAAAGGUCAAACCAAGGGAGCAGCCAAACGUAAAAGGAAGCAGCCCAAGCAGAUUGGCAGAACUACUGGGGACGACAGUGAUUCAGAUUCUGAUGGAGACACCAAGGCAAAGAGGGGCAAGGGGGUAGACGACUCGCCGCGAUUCUCUCCACUCAAGAUCAAAAUUACCACCACCAAGAAGGGCACCAAGAAGGUCACCAGUAGUAGAGGAAGGGCGGCGGGAAAAACAUCCACGAGGGGGCAGAAGAGGAGACGUGGAGGCGGUCGGGGAAGGGGCGGCGGCAGGGACAGUUCCGACGCCAACGUGUACUCCAAAAAGAGGAGGUACCUGAAGGCCGUGGAAGGGAACAUGGCGGGCGUUAGUCUGGAGACAGGGAACCUGGAGUCGGACGGUAAAGGGGAGAUCAUUGAGACAAUAGAAUGUGUGGAAAUCAGUCAGGAAACGUUAAUCCCCUCCUCAGAACCCACCAGGCCGGUCGCCACCAUCCCAGACUUAGGAAACCCGGGGUUCAGUCAUUCCAUGGGGACGGGCAAGCCGGCCGCCCAGGGAAUGCCGUCGCUGCUCCAGCCGUUCGCUGCCGCCAUGACGACUGCGGGGAAGGGGCAGUUUGUGAGCGUGCAGCCGCCGACGGGACAGAAGGCGCAGCUGCACAUACAGGGGGACGUGGCGGAGAUCAUGUCAGCUCCCGCCGGCGAGGUCACCUCACAAAUCACCAUCACCACGCUUCACCAGGGAUUCCCACAACAACAACAUCAACAACAACAACAACAGGACUUUCACUUUACUAAUGCUGGCCAGGGUCAGGUCACAGGGCAAGGGUCAAGCAGGACUUUCCCUUCCACACAGCCUGACUUUCAGCAGGGCCCUCCUCCUAGCUACAGCUAUGCAGUCAGCCAAAGUUCCAACCAAGUGGAGGUGCCUCAGCAGCAUAUAGUUAAACAGGAGGUGGUGUAUCCGGUACAGAACCCACCACCCCUCCAGCAGCCCAAAAUGGACACUUCCACCACGGUAGGGGAACAGAUCCAAUUCACCACCACUAUGGAAUAUACCAAUGAGCAGACUCAGGGGGGGUUGAACAGCAGACAACCGCAGGUCAGCCUCCAACCCAAUCAGGUCACGACGAGUCAGCAGCCCCAGCAGCAAUACACCACCACGACCAUCUCUCCGCAGCGCGUGCGCGUGGAGAGGAUGCCCACCACCAGUCCCGUGUACGGAAACCGCUUCUCGGGGGUGGAAAUUUCCCCGUCGCGGCCUCCUCCCAACAGCAAUGCACAACAACGCCUACAGUUUGAGUCAUUCCAAGGGUCGCUGAACAAUACCGCAAUGCCCCAGCAAAUCUUACAGAGCGAAGCCACGUCCCCCACAGAGACAAAUUUCCCUCAGUAUUCAGUUCAAACAGACUCUAAUCAGUUCCAAUCUUGAUCCUGUGCUGUAGAUCAUCGUCAUAAUUAUAACUUAGUGGCACAUGUGGUUUCAGGGUGUGAAUGAAAAUGACCUGUACAAAAUUUGAAUGUUUCUGUUUGUAUCUGAUCAUGAUGUAGGGUUGCAAACCAAAGGGAAAGGGGAAAACCAGAACAACCACUGCUUAAUUCGUAUUUUCAUCAAGGAACUAAUACAAUGGUCAUUGUUAUACUUAACCCACAAUAUUCCCUAUGCUUGUAUAAACCUGGUAGCAGAAAGUGUUCCUCACGAUUCAAUACUUGUUACAGUGAUGCAUAUCGUUUCAUAAUGUUUGCUAUCCAUAACAGGUCUGUUCUGAUUCAAACAGACUUCCCAGAGUUGUAGUAGCUAUUCCUGCUUUUGUAAAUAUUAUUGUAUACUUAAUUGGAUUUUUUUCGUUUUGCGAGGAAUGGUCUUCAGUAGUAUACCUAGCAUCUUGUUGUGUUGAAUUAUAUGUAAGUUAUGGAAAUAGAGGACUGUCCCCUCUGAGGCUGUAGAAGUGUUCUGACAGGCUGUUUCCACAGUGUUCCUGCUUCCUCAAUGUUUGUAUAGAUGCAAAGACUCUGACUGACACAAUGUUUGUGCUAACAUCCUCUUGUAUACUAAAAAAGCCUGGUCCCUCCUCAACUAAAUGUAGAAUCGUUCUGUAUCACACUUCUUCAUUAUCUUGAUUUGAAGGGUAGUACAAAGUAUUUUUAAACAUUUUCCAUUAUCCAUUGAGUGCUUCUUUCGGUGUUCCAAAACUUUGCCAGAAGUCAGCUUUGGAAGUUUGAUCUGGAAUUGAAUUGGGCCCUCAUGUUGGUACAAGUUUGUACUCACUGGCAUAUCGAUAAGAACACACAGGGCAAUUUCAAUGACAGCAUUGUCAUUGAAAUCAAUGAUUCUCAACAACAUGACCAGUUUUGGCCCAGAUAUUACCUUUCAAAGUGUGUCCUACUUUUCCUGUGGAUGUGUGAGCACAGUAGGUACUUACAACCAUUGAAACUGUACACUGAACUGUUUACAGAGGUAUAAAGGGGUUGUAUUUGUUUGCAGUCACAUCCAAUCAAGUAUGGAAGAGGAACUAAUCGUGAUAGUUUUUAUUUUUUGAGAGUAACCUACAGAUUGUGGAGUUGUGAAUUGUCUAUGUGAUCCCGGUGUUAACUUGAACCCAAGGUUUUUGAUUGAAAAUUAUACCACAGAGUUGUAAGGACUA